AGACCAGCAUGGUGUAAACUAACCGCCAUGUGCUAAGCAUCCGCGUCGAACUCCAAUACAGCCGCCGUGUCCUGCCUCGUGCCAUGAAGGCCAAGUGUUUGACAUCUCGCGUCAAGAGCAUCGCCGUCUGGGGCGCUGCAGAUGGAGAUACGAGCGCUCUACAUGAAUACGCCGGCGUCUGCUUUCGUGCAGCGUGAAGGUCAACUGCGCUGUCCAGGCGUGGGACCGGCGACCGUUAAGCGGUCCGGCUAUUACAUGAGUAACCUCGAUUGGGCAAGCCACCUUGACUACAAAACCUCGCUUGCAUGCACCGGCACAUGGCGCCAAAUGUUUUAGAGCCUUGGCAACUGGGUAUGAGUCUUCAUAGAGAGCGUUAGUGCCGACAUCGAGCUUGUAAAUCAAGGUGAAAAUUCGAUAAUAGUCCGUGCUGGAGGUGCUCUUUAAUAAACUGUAGGAUCUUCGAGCCAGAAGCUAGUCGGUAGUCGCGUAACGGACGAUCAUGCAACAGUGCUCGACUAGAUCGAACGUCUUGCCUAAAAGCUUCUCUGCUCGGUUGUUCUCCUUGUCGCCUAUCGUCGUUAAAACUUAUCUUCGGAUUUGCAGGUUUCGGCCAAAAUUCGUCUCGAAAUCCAUCAUUUCGACGGAGAAGUACGUUGAACCAAGAAAGCGGUUUCCGUGAAAAUCCGCCACGUUCGCCGGUUAUUUUCCACUGGUUUUCUCGUCGAGUCCAAUUUGCUGGGUGCGGACUACAGAAGAGGAGGAAAUAAUGCCGACGCCCCCGUCUCCACUGCGGAAUUGGCAAAAGAGUGAUGGCUAAACGCGAGUCGGUCGAAGGUGUGCUGGGACGCUUAAGCAUUGCGCUCGAGCACGAGAGUUAUGCUCCAGGCGAGGUUGUAGCGGGAACUGUGUCGCUCUCCACGUUGGAACUCGUGCGAGCGAGAGAGAGUGGGUUGUCUUUACAUGUUUGACACAUCGAAACAAAGGAAAGAAAGAAAGAAAAAAAAAACUCACUAAGCGCUCAUUUUGCGCAGCGCUGGCGGUGAUCAUCCAGGGACGUGAAGAGGUGGCAUGGGACGAAGGAGGCUACAGCCCCGUCACGAACGCUUUCGACAAGAUUUUUCUGCAGCACAAGAUUGAGCUGACCCUUUCAACGUUCUACAAUGCCGGUGAAUCAGAAUACCGUUUCAGCUUCCAGUUGCCAUCAGAUUUACCGUCCAGUUUUGAGCUCAUCGACGUCUACAGCGGCACUGCUGAGCGUCUUCGUGUCCGAGUCAAGUAUCUAGCGACUGUGUGGCUACGAGCAGACAGCGAAUCGGUGGCGUAUUUGAAUGCCGAGCAGGAGUUUACUGUGCACGCACCUUCGACGAUCACUCCACCAGUACAGUCUCUGGAGAUCUCGGCGUCGGAAGUUGUGCAUUGGCUGUGUUGUAUCAAUCGUGGCAAUCUGCAGAUGACGAUCGAGAUUCCAAAAGAUGUUUACCCUGCGGGUGAAGUGAUUCCGCUCCUAUGUCUAGUGGAUGGGUCUGCGUGUAAGGCCUCUAUCAAGUCUAUCUCGGUGGAGCUCGUUGAGGAUGUUUUGCUGAGGAAUUUGGGCGAACGAGCGGACUGGACGGUCACGCGUGUGCUGUCAACGCAGCACGUCGAAGGCCCGACUGCCGGUCAAACAGGAGAACAGGCGGUGAGUGUCGGGUUAGUGGAGAACGAAAAGGAGGCUCCUGUAAACCCAGACGAAUCCACACAUUUCUUUCGGUGUAUGCAUCGUCUGGUCGUUCGCUGUAAACCGUUUUUGGCAAAGAGUAUCGUGGCCGAAGUACCGGUGAGAGUGCUACAUCACAACACGUCGUUCAGUGCAACAGCGGUCCGAGCGCUGAGGAUGCCAGCUGAAGCUACGUCUGGAAGUAAAAGCCCGUAGCUAACGGACUAGUAUCCGUACGAGUUCAAACCACCUUACUAUCCAGCGGGACAAGAGUUUUGAGCGCAAAACGAAGCGUAGCAAGCACAAAACCAAAACUGAAUGUCAUUUGGAAACGGAUAUUACGUGAGCUGAACUGAGGAAGAAGAGUUUUCUCUGUAGGUUUGUUUCAUUUGAUCGCUUUAUGAGUCAAUGGAAAGGAGGAUCUGAAGAUUCAUCUAUCCAAUGUAUCAACUUGAUAAAUCAAACCUGUUUGUCUGCCGU